ACCGACCGGUGCAGUGAAGUCCGAUAUUGGAAAUGGGCAAUAACGCCAAAAUAAGGUUCAAGAAAUUUGCGUCAAUCCAAGAGUAGGAUUGCAACUGCUGCAGGCCGCUCCGACUUCUCAAAUGUUUCAAACCCAGGGUUUUAGGGCACUCGACUUUCCUGUUAAAUCCAAAAUGCCGUUCGACCUGGUCCUUCCCCAUUACCUGUCCAACGAGGAACUCGGUUACAGGAAGAUCCCCAAACCUUGCAUCAAUCCCACUUUAACAUUUGCCCAAUCAAGAGGGUUCGACCAUAUCGACUCAAACGAUGUUUUACACAACAACGACAAGAACAAGAAGGAGAAAAAGACGAAAAAGUCAGUGUCUUUCGCGGAUCACAGAGGUCUUUCGCUGACCCGGGUCAAGACAUUCUCGGAGAGUAAAGACCCCAUUGAGAUUCCUAUCAACAUUCAAAAGCUGUUCAGCAACUCGGCCCAGCUCUCGGCGGUGGAGGAGGAGGACAAACUGGUGUUGGAUUUCACGCAACCCUCCGCCGACUACAUGCAGUUCCGCCGGCGGCUAGGGUGGUGCAACGUCUGCCUGGAGCACUGCAUGCUCAAGGAGAAGACGCUGGCUGGGACCGUUCGAGUGAAAAACCUAUCCCUGGAGAAAUCUGUGACCGUGCGCAUCACCUUUGACUCCUGGAAAAGCUACACUAACGUGACUUGCGCUUACGUCAUGAGCACGUAUCCAGACAUCGAGCACGACACGUUCUCGUUUGAGGUGCUAUUGCCAGAUGUUCUGGAGCGCAUUGAGUUCGCUAUCUGUUAUGAAGGGGGCGGCAGUGUGCAUUGGGACAGCAACCAGGGCAAGAACUACAAGGUGGUGUGGUCAUCACAGAGGGAACGCGGUCGACACCACCAGGGGAGGCGACGCUCGUCUCUUCUGGGGAUCCACUUUGACACCUACGGCAGCCCCACGUGUUCCCAUGGGCUCUUCCCGGAUUGGCCAGGCUAUAAUGUGUACGAAAACAUUGGGCCUUAUUAUUGAGCGUCUUCUCAAGGAAUGUUUGAAAAAAACACACACACACACACACACACACACACACACACCUUUUAAUUACCUGAUUAAAACCACCAAGGCACUGCUGAUAAGCUUAGCUAUCUCUUUGGCAGUCCCUGUGAAAUAAAUAUUUUUUAAAUAAAUGAAAGCCUUAUUUAAUAAAUGAACCUUAAACAGAUGCUGCUAUGUUAAAAUGUGAUUUGUCAUAAUUGUGGUUGUAUCAAGUACUUGAUUUGGCACUAUUUCAAUGCAAAGAUGAUUAUAACUCUACUGGUCCAAUGAAUAGUUUGAGCUGAUAAAUUGUGUAGUAGAGUCUUGCCUGUUUGAGAAGUUAACACAUGAAACACAUAACACAUAAAAAUGUAUUGCCUUUAUUUUUUGCCAUUAUUGUAUGAUGCCGAUAAACCUUGCACAAGUGAAAGAAACGUUAAAAUAGCUCUAUUAAUUGUGCAUCAUGUAUUGUGCCGUAUGGGUAGGUGAUAUAAUAAUAGUCGCCCGCAAUAUGAGUGUUUCAUUGUCAACACCUGUUUUUUUUUUAAAAGUCUCCUGUGCUGUGGCUUUUGCAUUUGUGUUCUGGAGUUUGCAGUUGUGUUGUAGAGUUUGCAUUUGUGUUUUGUGCCCGUUUUGUGCCUUUUCUUUUAUUCCGUUAAUAAGCUUGUGUUUUUCGGAAUUUGCAAAGCGUUGUGGAAAUGCAUUUCGUUGAACACGUCUCGGACACACCAUAGGUUCAGGCUGUCGGAUAAGAAGUCAGAAGGACAGCCAAGUCUUUGUUCCUGCUUAUCCCCGCCGCUCAUCAGCUCAGUCCAGGCCUCGGAGGUAAACAAGGGAAAAAAACUGGUGUUCGACCUCAUGCCUCCCUCCUCGACUAUCUGCUGGCCCGUGGGCGGGAGCACACCGCAAGACCUGAGCAUGCGGUGCUUUGGAGUUCAGUAGAAAUCAUAGCUAUCUAGAAGCCUGAGAACAACGGCUACAACUUAAAUAAUGAUGGCCUAAUGUAACUAUGUAUGUCAACUGCUGAAGAGUACAAUAAACAGAUUUUUAAAUUA